UUUAGCAGCAAAGGACAGAUUUUUAUUUAGUAAAGAAAAAAAGGAGAAAAAUCCUGCUAGUUGUGCAGGAAAGCCUCCCCCUUCCGUGAUCGGGUUCUUUUGUCGUCGGAAGCAAGCCGCCGAAGAAAGUUGGGGUGGUUUGCAGCAACCAAAACCCACUCUUCGCACACCCCUAACUCCUUCCUCUCUUUACCAAUAUUCAUUUCAAUGCCCCUGCCGGUUUCUUCAGUCUCUACCUACCUACUAUGUUAUUUUUAACUCUGUAGUGUAGACUUGAAAUGGUGGCCAUACUCAGCUGAUCACCUUAACCCUACCAAUAGCCAGAAUGCGUUUUCUUCAUCACAAUCACCGUCUCUAUAACCCCUUUUCAAAACUCUCUUCAUUUUCCUCACCAUUUCGUCUAAUGGGUUCCUUUCCUUUAUGCAAAUCAACCUCUCUGGUUUUCCUGUCACACCUUUCUUCUUCUUUUUCGCAGAAGUAUUUCCUGUACAGAAGCAUUUCUCUUCUCCAUGGUUCAUUUCCUGUACGACCCUUGUCCCUUGUGAAACCCUUUGCCAUGAAACCAAAUGGGGUUUCUUCUUUUACUUCUCAUGCCAAUGUUCCCAGACCUCCAGCCCUUUUGGGGAAUCCACCAGACAAGGCUUCAAUCUCCACUCGAUUGAAUAUUCUAAGAAAAAAAUUGCAGGAUCUUGACAUUGAUAUCGAAGCUUGUGUUCCUGGGCAGUUUUCCAGUUUGCUUUGUCCAAUGUGUAAAGGUGGUGAUACAAAGGAACGAUCCUUCUCCCUAAAUAUCUCAGAAGAUGGGGAGGCUGCUGUUUGGAAUUGUUUUCGUGGAAAAUGUGGUUGGAAAGGCCAUACUCUGGCCUUUACUGAUGGUCGGUCAUCAUAUAAAGAUUUAGGACAAGUUGCACUUAAGCAGAACAUACGGAAAAUUACAGUGGAGAGUCUACAACUUGAACCACUGUGCGAUGAGCUGGUUGAUUAUUUCGCGGAGCGAUUGAUAUCCAAGCAAACAUUGUUAAGAAAUUCAGUUAUGCAGAAAAGAUCCAAUAAUCAGAUUGCUGUUGCAUUUACAUAUUAUCGAGGUGGAGCAUUAAUUAGUUGCAAGUAUCGUGAUGCCAAGAAAAGGUUCUGGCAGGAGGCCAAAACUGAGAAAAUAUUUUAUGGAUUGGAUGACAUAGAUGGUGCAAGUGAUAUCAUCAUAGUUGAAGGGGAGAUAGACAAGCUCUCAAUGGCAGAAGCUGGUAUCCAUAAUUGCGUGAGUGUUCCUGAUGGUGCACCACCAUCAGUUUCCAAAAAAAACGUACCUCCUGCACAUCAGGCCAGAAAGUUUCAGUAUCUAUGGAACUGCAGAGACUACUUGAACAAGGCCUUGCGUAUUAUACUUGCUACUGAUGGGGAUACGCCUGGUCAAGCUUUAGCAGAGGAGAUUGCACGCCGUGUUGGGAAGGAAAGAUGUUGGAGGGUCAAAUGGCCAAAAAAGGAUGAGGUCGAUCAUUUCAAAGAUGCAAAUGAGGUUUUGAUGUACUUGGGCCCUGAGGCCCUGAAGGAAGUUGUUGACAACGCAGAGUUGUAUCCUAUAAGUGGAUUAUUUCGCUUCAAAGACUACUUCCACGAGAUUGAUGCAUAUUAUCACAAAAAAUUUGGAAAUGAGUUUGGUGUGCCGACUGGAUGGAGGUGUCUCAAUGAUUUGUACAAUGUUGUCCCAGGGGAGCUUACCAUUGUUACUGGUGUUCCGAAUUCAGGCAAAAGUGAGUGGAUUGAUGCUCUGCUAUGCAAUCUUAAUGCAAGUGUUGGUUGGAAAUUUGCUCUCUGCUCUAUAGAAAAUAAGGUUGGAGAACAUGCAAGAAAACUACUGGAGAAACACAUCAAGAAGCCUUUCUUUGGUGGACGUUAUGGUGGCUCUGUUGAACGAAUGAGUGUUGAGGAGUUGGAGCAAGGCAAGCAAUGGCUAAACGAUACAUUUUUUAUUUUAAGGUGUGAAAAUAAGUCCCUCCGAAGUAUUAGUUGGGUCUUGGAUCUUGCAAAAGCAGCAGUUUUAAGGCAUGGAGUUUCUGGACUGGUAAUUGACCCUUAUGAUGAGCUUGACCAUCAACGGCUUCCAAAUCAAAAUUGCUGGUGGAAGCUAUUCUCUUAUUUCAACCUUAAAUGCGCUUUUGGAUCAUCCUUCAGAGCUAAUGUAUAUCAGAAGCGAAACAGAGUAUGUGAGCCAGAUGCUUACAGAGGUCAAACAGUUUGCUCAACAUAAUGCUUGCCAUGUUUGGUUCGUUGCACAUCCUAUGCAGGUUCAACCAGAGCAAUAUGGAUUGACCUCAAAGAAAGAUUUCAGAAGAAGAACGUGCCAAGGAUUUUUCAGUUGAAGCGAUCCCUUGCAACCUUGGAACAAAACCAAGAUACCAUUGGUGUGUAUUAUACUAAAUUCAAUACUCUCAUUGAUGAACUGAACACAUAUAGACCAGGGUGCACUUGCGGAGCUUGCAGUUGUGACAUCGUGCGAGAAAUGACAGAUUUCCUCCAAAUGUAAUAUCUCAUGGACUUAUGGGAUUGAAUGAGAACAUCUCUCAAGCCCGGGCUCAACUUCUCCUCAUGGAUCCUCUUCCAUCAACAAGCCGAGCUUUCUCUCUUCUUCUUCAAGAGGAACAACAAAGAUCAAUUGGAUCUUUUUCUUCUACAGCACCAACGAUGGCCUUUGCAGUAUCUUCUAACUCAUCCAAGAAUGAAUCCACCAAUCGACAAAGGAGAGAAAAGACUAUAUGCACCCACUGCAACAUUUCUGAACACAUGAUAGAUUAGUGUUACAAGCUCCAUGGAUACCCUCCUGGAUAUAAGACCAAGCAACAACAGCAGUGAACCAAUAAUGUUGUUAAUGCAGUAGCAACUCAGAACAAUGAAAGUCGUUCUCAAGGUACCACACAGAGUAAUCAGAUAUUGAAUAAUACCAGCACUGCAGAAGCUUUGAUCCAGUGUCAAAACCUCCUCAACCAGCUUCAGUCUCAAAUGAAUGCUUCCAACCAACCAACUACCUCACAUAAAGCAGGUACUUCUUAUUCAUUUCCCCUGUGGAUAAUUGAUCCUGGAGCAUCCACUCACAUUUCUUGUUGCAAGUCCCAUUUUGCAUCCAUUCAACCAUGCUCAACAUCCAUCCGUUUACCUAAUAAACAAGUUUUUGAAGGUAAAAGUGCUAGCACUAUCAAAUUAUCUGAAUCUAUAGAGCUGAAGAAUGUGUUAUAUAUUCCUGAAUUUUCAUUCAACCUCAGUGAGCGCAUUAACAAGAGAUCUACUCGUCGAUGUUAGUUUCUCUACUAAUGGUUGUGUAACUCAGGACAAGUUCACUUUGAAGAAGAUUGGCAAUGCUGAACUUUUAUAUGGUCUAUAUGUCUUCAAAUUGGGAAACACUCUUGAUCUGCAGUCUACCAUAUGUGCUGUAAGCCAUGAUAAUACUUUUUUGUGGCAUCAAAGGCUUGGUCACCCUUCUGUUGAUGUUUUGAAAUCUUUGCAAGACAUGUUGCAAUUGAAGUCUUUUAAUUUUCAUUCUUGUACUACUUGUCCCUUAGCAAAGCAAAGAAGACUUUCUUUUUCUUCAAAUAAUCGAGUGUCUCCAAAUCCAUGUACAUACAUGUAUAAACUUUCCUCAUUGUUCAUAAAUAAAGUGAGUGAAAUAUUUCUUCUAUUCUCUGUUAAUAUCUGGCU